CUUCCUCCUCCCCCUCGGCCAUUUGGGGUUAAAUGACUUGUCCAGGUUCACACAGCUAAUCAUUUGACCCAGAGUCUCCAGACUCCAGGGUGGGUCAUUGUCCCCGGGGCCUCAUUGGUUGGCCAACCAAAAGUCUCCGCCCAUGCCCUUCCUUGGUCUUUGGGUCCUGAGCGCCUCAGAGUGACUGUAGACCACAGUUGCCGCUUUGGGCUCCCCCUCCCAGAUGCCUUUGUUGUGAGGCCCAUUUUCUUACCAGCCUUGGUCCCUGUACAGUGUGGCGAGUCUUGAGAAAGACCUUCAGGGACCCAGGCCUCCCCCCACAUGCUGGCCGAGCCUCCAUCCCUGCCAUCCAGCUUAGUUGGGGGGCCUGCCUCCCAUAAUCAUCACCAGAAUAGCUGCAUUUGCCUUUCCUGGGGAAAUUUCUUUGGAUUCUCACUGCCCCAGGGGUGGGGACAGAUGCCCUUACUAUCCCCAUUUUACCAGUGGGAACACUGACACAAUUAGGGGUUAGUUGACUUGUCCAGGGUCACUCAGCCAACAAGUGUCUGCCCCUGAAUUUGACGCUGGUCUGUGGGGUUCCUUCCUGGCCUAGCCCCCCGCCCUCCCUCUGCCAGCUAGGAUUUAUUUGCAUAGCUCUUUAAUUCUGCUUCUCCCCAUAGAAAACCAGCUCUUCUGUGGGGGGGUGAGGGAGGGAAAGGAAAGGCUUAUUCAUAUGUUAUUGAUAAAAUAGCAUUUGAGGGACAGCUACCAGGCAGGGACGGCUACGAGGCAGGGACAGCCUACAGGCGGACGGUGUAUUUAGUGUAUCAGAAUGAGCUUAGAUAGCGGUGGUUUUCUAAGUCAGAUCUGACUUUCCUGGCUAAGUUAAAUCCCAGUCAAGAAUAACCUUUUUUCCAUGGACACCAUUUUCUUUAGUUCUUUUUUAAAUGGCAUUUUCUUUUUCCAAAUACAUGCAAAGUUAGUUUUCCGCAUUCACCUUCACGAAGCCUUGGGUCCCCAAUUCCCCCUCCUCCUGACAGCAGGCAGCAUGACAAGUAAACGUGGGCACUUCCCGUAAACGUAUUUCCUCCAAAAAUCAGAUCGAAAGAGAAAAAACACGAGAAAACAAGAUAAAAAGCAAGCACGCAAAGGACCGAAAGUCGUGCCUCGUGACGACGCUGCUCUUCCCCUCGAAGACACUUCAAAGAGAGGAUGGCCCCAGUGCUCCCGAUGGCUCGAGCCUCCCAGGGCUCGGUGACCUUCCAGGACGUGUCCGUGGACUUCACGCGCGACGAGUGGAGGCACCUGGACUCCUCCCAGAAGGAGCUGUACCGGGAGGUGAUGCUGGAGAACUACUGGAACCUGGCCUGCCUGGGACUCGCAGUUUCCAAACCGGAGGUGAUUGACCGGCUGGAGCGAGGGGAGGCGCCGUGGAUACCCGAGGCCAACGGCGGAGGGCACAGACGCCGCCUGGGUUCGAAAAAAAAUACGUUAGAAAGCAAGGAAUCGAUUCAAAAAGCAGAACAGUCAUCCCGGGAGAGAUUCCAAAGAGAUGGUCUUUCUGGUUCCAAUUCGGAGGAGGCUUGGAAGUAUGAGUCCUGGUUAAAGAAACAGCAGAAAAAUCAUGAGGAACAUUCUCAGCAAGUAAAAGCUACUCAAAAGAAACCUUCCCAAGAUGUCAGUGGUCAUAAAGAUAAUGAAUGUGAUAGAAGCAUAGAUGUGCAACCAGUCAUAUUGUCCCAAGAGAAAAUAUCUGUUGAAAAGGAUUUCUGUAAAUGUGAUACACACAGAGAGAAUUUUAGGCUGUAUACACACUUGUUAAAAUGCAACAAAAUGUACCCCAAAAAGAUAUUUUCUAUGUGUACCGAAUGUGGGAAAUCCUUCAGGUAUAAUUUAGCCCCUAUUGAAAAUCAGAGAAUAUGUUCCAAAGCGAAAGAGUAUAAAUGUAAUGAAUGUGAGAAGGCCUUCUCUUGGAGAUCGCAACUUAUUAAACAUCAAGCAAUUCAUACUGGAGAGAAACCUUAUGUAUGUCCGGAAUGUGGGAAGGCUUUCCGGCAGAGCUCCCAUCUUACUCAACAUAAGACAAUUCACACUGGAGAGAAGCCUUAUGAAUGUGAUGGCUGUGGGAAGACCUUCCGCCAGAGGAAGGGACUUACUGAACACCAGAAGAUCCACACUGGAGAGAAACCCUAUGAAUGUAAUGAAUGCGGGAAGACCUUCCGCCAGAGGAAGGGACUUACUGAACACCAGAAGAUCCACACUGGAGAGAAACCCUAUGUCUGCAAUGAGUGUGGGAAGGCCUUCAGUCAGAGGACAGAUUUUAUUCGACACCAGAGGAUUCACACCGGCGAGAAGCCCUACAAAUGCAACGAAUGUGGGAGGGCCUUCUCCCAGAGGAAGGGACUUACCGAACAUAACAAAAUUCACACCGGUUUGAGACCUUAUGACUGUAAAGAGUGUGGAAGAGCCUUUGGUCAGAAGACGGAUCUUAUUCGACAUCAGAGAAUCCACACUGGAGAGAAGCCUUACAAAUGCAACGAAUGUGGAAAAGCCUUCUCCCAGAGGACUGGGCUUAUUGAUCAUCAGAACAUUCACACCGGAGAGAAGGUGUACAAGUGUGAUGAAUGUGGGAAGUCUUUCCGCCAGAACAGAGGACUCUCUGAACAUCGGAAAAUUCAUAGUGGAAAGAAAGCGUACGAACAGAAUUAAUGUCGGAAAUCAGUGUUUACUCAGCGCUGGAAAAUUCACACUGGAAAGAUCGCUUAUGAAUGCAGAGGAUUUAUUCAAAACCAGAGAAAAGCCAUAGGGAUACCAUCAUGUGGGGUAGCUUUCUUCUGCUCAAAAUCAGAGACAUCUGGUCAACAUCUUCCCUUCCAGCCAAGCUGGAUUCUUUAUCGUCCCCCUAGCUAACAUUCUGUCUCCCAUUUCCAUAGAUUUGUGCACCCUCUAAUGAUUUCCCUCCUCACUGCCCCUCUUAGUAUCCCUACCUGCCUUUGGCUUGGUUCAAGUGUCAUCUUACACCAGAACCAUUUCCUGAUUUCCACAGUUAUUAGUCCCUGCCCUCCCCAAGAAAUUUAUUGUGUACUUUGUCCAUAUUUUAGACUUAUUUAGCACAUAGUGUUGUUUUCCAGUAGCAGGAAGCUCUUGCAAGGCAGGAAUCAUCUAAAUCUUCAGGGCCUAGCAAGUUGCUUGGAAGAUAGAAAGUGAUAAAUGUUGGAUUGAAUAUUUGGGAGAAGCCUUUCCUCCAGGAAGAAACAGGAUCACAAUGUGUUCUUUGGGACCUCGGCAACCAAGACAUCAACAAGUGGUCAUCCCAUUUCCACUUAACCUAUAAGGAGUUGGGGACCUGGCCCCUGUCGUGACGUUCAUUCCACUUUUUAGCAAGUUUUUUCUGACAUCAACUUUCCAUCUAUGACUCCUGGUUCUAUCUCUGAGGUCAAACAGAAAUUGAAUCUUUCCUCCACAUGAUAGCUCUUCAAGUACGUGAAGACCCCUCUCAUACCUCCCCCUUCCCUCUCAGUCUUCUCUUCUCCAAACCAAAUACCCACUCCCUUCAGCUAAUCUUCCUAGGACAUGGACUCUAGCCUUUUAUCAUCCAGACUGUCCUCCUCUGGAGGAUGAAUGGUCUAUUCUAGUCCAGAAUUUCCCCAGGAAUCAAAGUCAAGCCCUCUGGCCUAUAGUUUGUGGAUUCUGUUUUCUUCCCUUAUUUGCCUAUCAGGACAUCUAAACUUGCUACUCCAGAUGUGGGCCGAUUAAGGCAGAGCACAGUGGAGCGGGCAUUUCUCCCAUUCCGGGAAGCUAGGUCUCUGAAAGGUGCCGCCGAUUCCUAUGAGUUUGUAGUUCCCCGAAGCUCCCGAUAGUUUUUCCUAACUGUUCUCUUGCUGUGACUCCUAACUUGUACUUGUGAAGUUACUUUUUUAGUAUCCAAGUGAAAGAUUUUAUAGUGAUCUCUAUUGAAUUUGAUCUUAGUAGAUUGUCUAGUGCUCUAGCCUGCCAGGCUAGAUCUUUUGGAAUCUUGACUCUCUCGUCCACUGUAUCAUACUAAGUAUCCCUCCCAACUCGGGAUCAUUAACAAACCAUCUUUGCCUUCAUUCACAUCAUUGAUCAACAUAUUAAAUAGCACAGGGCCAAGCAUGGAUCCUUACGGCACUCCAUACGAGACCUCCUCUCAUACUAACACCAAACCACCGCCAACCACUCAAGUCCAUCCGACCAGCUCUUAACCUGUGUGAUUGUAUUACCGUGUGAUGAAUAUCUCUCUGUAAGCUUCAUAAGAACUUACUGGAAUCUUUUAUCAAAAGCCUUGCUGAAAUCUAAUUGAACUCUAUCCACAGCAUCCUCCUGCUCUACUAGUUUAUUCUGUCUCUUUCCCCUGUCAGAAAAGGGAAUUGUCUGGCACGAUGCAUUCUUGAUGGAGCUCUUGGUGAUCACUAUUCACUUUCUAGAUGCUUGUCAUUUCCGACCCAGGGACUGAAGUCAGGCUCUCUGCUCUAUCAUUUGUGGAUCCUUGGGCUUCCUUCUGCUGCUUUCUGUUUUCCGUGAGUGCAGACCAGUGACCAACACGUCUGUGGAGCGAACGUCUCCAGAGCGAACGUCUCUGGGAAGACCUCAAGAAUUCUGGAAUUCAGCCUUCUGCUCGCUGCUCUGAAGGAAGUAGUUGCCCACAAUUGCACCAUUUAUCCCAUAAAAUGGACAUCCAAACUCCCAGUCACUAGGAGAGUACUGCAGUUGAAGUAACUGAGGACACCCUGCCUGGCUGGCCAAGAGACUCAGAAUAAUUCGGAGAUGAAAUGGAAAUAGCUGUUCUACUCGUCCAAGAAAAUUGUGUCUUUUCAGUGAAGUGUAAGUGUUGUUCAUUUGUGAAUGCUUGCCUUUUAAUCUGUUAUCUGAAGCAAUUUCUGUGGUAGAGGAAAUAAAAAGCUGUACUGUACAGCA